GAAGCAUUAUCGUCAGACUCGAUUCAUGUCGUGGGAACACAGUUCUACCAAAUGCAGCUGGAUGCAGACUGUCUCUAAUUAUUCGUACACGAUAUCUCCAUCUAAGCCGCAGCUGCACCAAGUACCCAUAGUCGAGUAAGACAUUUGUAAGGACGAGUGGACCUUUUGACAGCGAUUCAGCACCAUUCGGAUCUUGAGGGAGUUGAUCAGUAAUAUCAUAUGACCCUUUCAAGAUCGCAUAUGCUCAUACUACCCCCCGACUUCGCCUGGCGUUCGGUCUCCACGCUAGGAUGACACUCACAUGUGGACGGAGUGAGUUUGUAUAUUACUUCAGAAAGAUGGAAAUGCUCAGGUGGGCUGGUACGAGUUUCCAGGCUCCCCCAUAUCUGGUGUUCAUCCGCUGCAAUUCUCUCUUUCUUUGCUAAACAAACACCGCUCUGUCCUCUACGGUUGAAGGAUUCCAGGUGGCCACAAACGACAUGGCGUCGGUAAAUGGGUUCUCCCCUCAAGGAAUCGCAGACCUGACUACGAAGGCCGGCAUAGCAAAGACUCGCCUUACAUGGGGUAAACUCGCCGUGAAGUCCUUCUUCGGCGGUGUCUUCAUCUCUCUCGGUGGUCUCGUCAAUCUGAUCGUCCUUGCCGGAAGCCCUGGUCUUCGCGAAUCCAACCCUGCACUAGCGAAACUCAUCGCCGCCUUCGUGUUUCCUAUGGGCUUCGUCCUCGUUACAUUGACAAAUAUGGAGCUAUGCACGAGCAGUCUGUUCGUCCUUCCAUUCACAACACUCCAACGCAAGACGUCUGUUAAAGCCACAGCUAAGAAUCUGUUCGUCUCGUAUAUCGGGAACGUCUGUGGUGCUCUAUUCGUUGCCGGGGUCAUGGCCUGGUGGAGCAAUGUGCUAGACACAGAUACCAUGACCUCCUACGCCGUAACCCAAGCCGAAGCACGUGUGAACGUAGCAUGGUCCGUCAAUUUCCUCCGUGGUAUUGGCUGCAACUUCUUCGUCGCUCUCGCCUUUUUCAUGUCGCUAGGCGCUGUGGAAUAUGUUUCCAAGAUCUGCACUAUCUGGGUUCCUAUCUGGGCGUUUGUUAUCGCGGGCUAUCAGCACAGUAUCGCCAACUACUUCAUGAUACCCAUCGGCAUGUUCUAUGGCACGAACUUUGGCGUUGGGAAGUUCAUCUAUCAGAGUAUCAUUCCGGUCACGUUGGGCAAUCUGGUCGGUGGUGUUGUCCUAGGUGUUUUGCCUUUCUGCAGAAACAGAGGAGCAAUGAGGUAG